CGCGGGCUGUGUCUGUUUUUGAGGCUGGGGUCGGGGCCGGUUCGGACGGUCACGCAAAUCUUGGAUCUGGAAGAUGGCUGGAGUGCUUACUAAGGUUUCGCGCUGCGCCGUUGGCGUUCUUGGCCAGCAAGCAAAGUUUGCGGCCCCCGUCAGCGUUGCUUCUCGGCGCAAUUAUGCCUCCAAGAAGCGGAUCGAUGUCGUCAACCCGGUGGUGGAGCUGGACGGUGACGAGAUGACCCGCAUCAUCUGGGAGAAGAUCAAGGAGACGCUCAUCUUCCCCUACCUCAACGUGAGUGGCAUGGUCUCUCCCACUUCAUUGCGAGUGGCGUGUUG